GUGCAUGUGUGUUUGUGUACGUGUGUGUGUGCGUGGGUGCGUGUAGGUAGGCAGUUACAACAAGAAUACUUCCCGGUAUUGCUAAAUAGACACUCGGUUUGUCAUAAGUCAGUCGUUAACAUCGGCCUCGCUGAAAUAGCUGCUAGUGCGCGAUGUUAGGACUUAGGAACGAGGAGAGGAGGUGACAAACACAACAGACGCCACUUUGCUCUCCAGAAAACAAACAGUUGUAGCCAGAAGCAAAACCCGGAACUUGACACGGUAGGAAACGAGCUAACAUUAGCUAGCUUUUUGUUGAUAGUGUGCUUGCUAUCAAACCACAACCCGACCUCAUUUAAAGUAACUGUAGCGCACUUUAAGAUUUGUACCAGCGUACGUUCGUUAAGUAGCUUCAUUGACUUCUUUGUGGACCGAAAUUUGGUGCCGGAAGUUUCCGCCACUUUUACAAACCACUUGUGGAUCCAGAAGAUGGCAUCGAGAGGAUUCACUCACAUGAAUCUGAACGUGAGCCCCAUGAAUGUUGGGCAUGCUGCGGGUAUGAGGAUGUCGGGCAUGCAGCAGGCACCGGCGGGAUACCCCAGGAGCAUGAACAACGCGCCCCAGUACCAGCGCCCGGGGAUGCCAUCCAACAGAGCGGGGGGCCCCAUGGGGUCAAUGGGGGGUCAGCUGCCCGGUCCUUCUUACGGUGGUGGGAACAUGCCCAUGCGGCAAGGCAUGCUGCCUCUAAGCAUGGACACCUCGCGGAAACGGUUCCUUCAUCUGCAUCAACAGCAGCAGCAAGAGGCACUGGGAGGCCUGAGACGAGGAGCAAAAAGACGCAAGAUGGCUGACAAGGUUCUCCCACAGAGGAUUCGAGACCUGGUCCCAGAGUCCCAGGCCUACAUGGAUCUCUUGGCGUUUGAGAGGAAACUGGAUCAGACCAUCGCCCGAAAGCGUAUGGAGAUUCAGGAGGCCAUCAAGAAGCCCAUUAUGCAAAAACGUAAGCUCAGGAUCUACAUUUCGAACACGUACACCCCCAGCAAACCCGAGGGCGAGGAGGCAGAGAAGGUGUCCUCCUGGGAACUGAGAGUGGAGGGAAAACUUCUUGAGGAACCUGGCAAGCAGAAGAGGAAGUUCUCAUCUUUCUUCAAAAGCCUGGUGAUCGAGCUCGAUAAGGAGCUCUAUGGACCUGACAACCACUUAGUAGAGUGGCACAGAAUGCCCACUACUCAGGAGACGGAUGGUUUCCAAGUCAAAAGGCCCGGCGACGUGAGCGUUAAAUGCACCCUCCUGCUCAUGCUCGACCACCAGCCCCCUCAGUACAAACUGGACCCACGGUUGGCUCGUCUGCUGGGUGUGCACACACAGACGCGAGCCAGCAUCAUGCAAGCCCUGUGGCUCUACAUCAAGAACAACAAGCUGCAGGAUUGUCAUGAGAAGGAGUACAUCAACUGCAACCGCUAUUUCAGACAGAUCUUCAGCUGUCCUCGCAUGAGGUUCUCUGAGAUACCCAUGAAACUGGCCGGCCUUCUGCAGCACCCUGAACCCAUCAUUAUCAAUCACAUGAUUAGUGUGGACCCGACAGAUCAGAAGAAGACAGCAUGCUAUGACAUCGAUGUGGAGGUGGAUGACCCACUGAAGGGCCAAAUGAACAGUUUCCUGUCCUCUACAACCAACCAACAGGAAAUCGCUGCGCUGGAGAUGAAGAUUCACGAGACGAUUGAGUACAUCAACCAGCUGAAGACCGAGAGAGACUUUAUGCUGAGCUUCAGCAAUAAACCUCAGGACUUCAUCCAGGACUGGCUCAAGUCUCAGAGCAGAGAUCUGAAGUUGAUGACUGAUGUGGCAGGAAACCCAGAGGAGGAGAGGAGAACUGAGUUCUACCAGGCUCCCUGGGUACCAGAGGCAGUGGGCAGAUACGUUUACUCCAGAUUGCAGCAGAGAAGACAAGAGUUGGAGCAGGUUUUGGGUAUCCGACUCACCUAAAGACAUAUUCCGCUGCCAGCUUAAUUUGGUUAAUCAAAUGUUAAUGUUUACUCAAUUGGAAUUUUGAAUUUGCCGGGAAAGAAAUAAGCUAAUGUUGCAGCCUAAAUGUUCACACACCCAUCCUCAGUGACAUGGUGUGAUAGACCAGCGUUUAAGUGAGAUACACAAAAGAUAAUAGUUCUGGGACCAAAGUGAUUAACGUGUCCCUAAUAAUAUGUUUGCAUUGCAUUGCCUAUCACUUUUAGCCUAUUCAAAUAAUCUUGUUUUGCAAUAUGUUUUGUUCACGGUACAAUAUGCUUGAAUGUUUGUAAGCAUCAGUGCUGUGUAGGUGCUUUUCGCCAUCACAUUGUGUGCUAUUUUGAAAAGGGUGUCUGUUUACCUUUGCAUUUGAAAGCCAUAAACUUUAGAAAGGAGCAACUGCAAAAUAUAUCCUUACUGAAAACGUCGUACACCAGAAAAAUAUAUAUUUUAAUUUCAAAAAUCUAUGUAGACAAUAUGUAUUCUUUAAAAAAACAAAACAUAGGAAUUCUUAAGAUGUCUCAUGACUGAUGAGAAUUAAUAAGAAGCUUUUUAUUCCAACAAUAAUUUGACGUGCUGUUUGUUUUUUGUCAUGGUGGAUAUAUUAGUUUGAAAUGAAACAUUUCUUGACUAAGAAAGCUCGAUUGAGCUCUUUAUUUGAGUCUGCUUUGUCAGCAGCUCUUUUUUUGUACUUCUUGGAUGUUUACGUGCUGUUUUUGUUUGUUAUUGGGGUUGUAGGGUUAUUGUUAUGUCAGGAAUAUGAACUGUGGCAGGCUGUUCAGAUUAAAGGGUUCUUCCUGGGAGUUUAAUAUCUUCCAAGAAGUUUAACUGAUCUUAACAAAAUAGGAAUGCAGUUGUAGAGUGUCAACUAAACAAUGCACCAAAUUGUUGUGAACAGUUUAUAGUUUCAUGGGUUGACUUUUCAUUGAAAUGCUAUUUUGUUAUGGUUUUGUAUGAGGGGGUUUCCUAAAUGUCUUUAAACAUUCUAUAUUAAGAGGUAUCGCUGUGCCAAAAUUUGUUUUGUGGAGAAGGCACUUGAGAAUUGAGGCAUUUGAGAAAUGUUGUGUACAAAUAUUUUUUGUACACAACAACUCUGUAAAAUGUUUGCAUGCUGUGUAUCAAUCAAAGGCCUUUAUCGUUUAUACAUUUUUUUUUUUACAAUAAAUAUACUUGCAAUUAUUUCUUAUUUCAUGAUAUAGAGCAUAUUACAAGGUUGCCAAUGGUAUUAUUAUUAAAAAUAAUGGCGUAGACUUAUAUUCAUAUCCUUUACUGUGCAACCGUAGCAGUGUGCAUGUUAGGGCAGGUCUAGAGCUCAGGUUCCUCAGAGCAGCGGUUUCAUGUGGUUUUCAUAUUUUCAGGUAGGGCUCACCUUACCUGUCUUUAACUGCCUAGACAGGUAUACCACUCCUCAAAUAACGGCCAACCAAAAUACAUCCUACACCCUUCACAGAUCUGUGUUUCAGCUUUGGUGAAAAUGGUACUAAACAAAGAUGUG